AUGUCUACAAAUAAAUCAGACGUGCUCAAUGGAUUAAUUCCUCUGCUCAAGGGAGGAGGAGCUUUGAGCUGUCUGUCAAGAGGAGGUGGGGCUUCCAGUUCUGCUGGAGUGGAGUCGGGCCCAAAUCCACCAUCUGGCCUCGGGCAGCUUCUGUCUAGCAGCAAUCAUAACCAGAUACCCGGUGCCAUGUCUGCCCUGCUGAGCACUGACACAGGCACGAUCAACCCAGACCUGCUUCCAAUGCUGAAGAGCAUAUGCAGUCAGGUCACGCAGCUCCGACUGGAGGAAGCCACAUCUCCAGAGAGGAAGAAGAAUGGAGAACGGGAGGGUCAUAUAUGCUGUGGAGGGUUUGAGAAGAUUCUGGAGACGGGUGUAGAGAAGCGAAUGGAUGAGGUGGAGAGAAGAUUAAAGGAACAUCUGGACUUGUGUCUGGAUGCUCUUCAGCAGAGACUGGAGAUCACACUUCAGCAGGCGCUCUCUCAUAAGCAGCACCAGUAAACAACAUCCACCAACACACAGGACUAAGCUGAACACUUUUAGCAAGAUCUCCGCACUGAGCUUUUACUUCAAUGACAACUGUAUUAUUCUGUAUAGGUACAUUUAAUUCAUGUCAACUAUCCCUUUAUAACAAAAAAUGGUUCUAACAUGUUUGUUUUGCCUGCAGUCAACUGCUUUGUGUGGAAAUGGUUUACGGUUUAACAGCAAUCCCUGGUCUUCAUGUGCCCAUCGCUAGAGACUGUCCUGACAUGGUUUAUGUGGUAAUUAACAGCUUGACAAGUCAGUUCACUAACUUGAGUCCACAGACAGUAUCAGAUGACCUUCACAAAUCACAACUACUUGUGGAACUGUUCUUAAUAACACUGUUGAUACUAUGGCUGCAUCCGAAAACUCUAAAAUGCUGCCUUCGGUGGCAGCAUUCCGAGGCAGGAAUGCAGCAAGGCACGUCCGAAUUCAAAUUCUGCUUUACUUCCUGUCUCCGGAGGUACCUCCUUCUGAGCGAAUUUUGAAAGCAGCAUAGAUGUAUCCUUCGCUGCCUUUGAUAUCCCACAAUC